ACUUGCUCGUCUUUUGUGCGGUCUUGUCUGCUGGAGCGGCGCGCGGAGCUACUGCUCAAACCAUAAGACUCGAUCAGGGACAUGGAUGAAGAAUUCACACCCUUAGACUGCCUUUUGUCCCCAGGAUCACAGAAGAUUUGCCUGGUUAUCUUAAAUCAGCCUCUGGAGGAGCGCUUCUUCCACGUGCUUUGGAGUAAAGCUGUGAUCCGGGCGUGUGCAGAUGGCGGAGCCAACCAUCUCUAUAGACUCAUGGACAGUCAACAGGAACGGUUUCUGCCAGACUACAUAAGUGGAGAUUUUGAUUCCAUUACACCAGAUGUCAAAGCUUUCUACUCAGAAAAGAACUGCAGGCUGAUCGAAACGGCUGAUCAGGACCUAACAGACUUCACUAAGUGCCUGGACAUUAUGGUGGAGGAGAUCAAAAAGCGGCAAGUUCAGGUGGACACCAUAGUCAUCCUGGGUGGUCUGGCUGGCCGGUUUGAUCAGAUUAUGGCUACAGUGGAGACCCUUUUUCAUGCCCAGAAGAUGACAAAGCUCCCGGUUGUGGUCAUUCAGGGUUCUUCACUGGCCCUUCUACUUCAAGAGGGCAGGCAGCACCGACUGAGUGUGAAUACGGGUCUGGAGGGCAGCUGGUGCGGUUUGGUCCCAGUGGGCGGCCCCUGUGUCACCACCACCUCUGGGCUCAAAUGGAACCUUGACAACACGGUGCUGGAGUUUGGCAAGCUUGUCAGUACGUCCAACACCUAUGAGGACCCUGGCGACGAGCAGGAGAGAAAACCUGUGACCAUCACCACAGACAGGCCUCUGUUAUGGAGUAUGGGGAUUAAAAAGCUUUAAAAGAAGUGCCUUAACACAACUAUUAGCCUUUUUAUUAAAAAGAGAAUUGACAGUUUUAUAUGAUUUAUUAACACAGCCAAAAAAAAUUGCACAAAUAAAAAGAACAAUGAAUUUACAUAUUCACUCCUGUCCCAGCACCCAACACUGCUUCAUGCUCUCACGGUCCAAACAGCUUCAGGAUGCAACAGUUUCAACCACCACUAAAAAGAGAAAAGCAAGGUCUUCACUGAUGCCACAGCACAGAAUGUGAAAUGUUCAAUAGGUGAUGCACAGUAAGCCUCUGAACCAAGAUGGUGUACUGUCUGCCAGUGUUCACAUAUUUUUAAUGAUGCACUUUAAUAUAUUAAACUCAAGCUUAAUUUGAAUAAAAUUUAACAUGACUGGAAAACUGCAA